AUGAUUGUCGGGACUCUUUGACUUAUCUUUUUAAGCCGUCGAAGCCGGCAACACUUGCCCCUAGGCGCACCCUGGAGAUCGAAGCGGACCGGCCCAGAGGUCUGUGGGCCCGAUGCGGCGAAAGGCGAGCGGAGAUCUGGGCUUAGCCAACCCCGUAGUGGACGCUAAGCUUUAUAAUUAGUAAGUUAAGUUAAGACUUAUCUUUCUAAACACUGGAAUUUUCAGUAUAGGUAUAAUCUUUUGAAAUAGACUCUGAAUCCGCAGGUUUGGGAUCCAAAUUCCUGGAAUUUCUGAAAAAUUUUCAUCAGUUGGCCAAGUCAUUAGCCAUUUCUCCCCAAUUCUUUGAAACUUUGACGAAUCUUAUUGAAUUGAAUACACAGGUGUGGAAGGCUACAUAUACUUAUUAUUCCAGCGCUACAUGAUCUCGCUUUUAUUUAUUUUUACCAUGAUUUCAUUAUUUGCCGCAAUCCCAGCUACAUUUACAAAUACUACCGAAGAAUUCACACUCAUGAGCACUUCAUCGCCAACUAAUAUGUCAAGCUACACUACAUGGUUUCAAGUAGGAAUGGUUUAUUUAUUCUCAUCAGCUGUUUUUAUGAUGGUUUUUAUGCUAAAGAAAAGAGUCGGUACCAUGCUUCAAGAAAAAGCUAAAGAAAGAAGUCAUGAAAAAGACCACGAGUGGCUUAAACUUCGAACAGUCCAUGUCCGAGGUUUAGAUAUUUCUGACAGAUCAGGAGAAGCUUUAGCAACUCAGAUGAAUUCAUUUCUCAAAGACCGUGGAGGUCGAGUUGUCGAAGUGGUCCUUUUCCCAGAUUUUCAAAAAUUAAUUAAACUCGAAAUUGACCGUGAAAAAACUAUUCUCAUGAAAAAUCUGUUUGAAAGUGAUUAUCCGCCUCCUCCAGUUCGCUGCCUGCCUAGAGCUGCACUUAAUCAUGAACAUUAUUUAUUAGAACUAGACGAAAUAGAAAAAGAAAUCCAAGAAGCUACGAUGACUCCUUAUUGGAAUUCAGGACAUGCUGUAAUUGCGUUUAAUUCUCUAGAGAGUGUAGAAAAAGUCUUAUAUCAUUAUCGCCCCAGCUUAAGGAAAACUAUUUUACUCGGCCUUUCUAAUAUUAUAGAAAAAUGAAAAGGGCUGCAAAGGCUUCGUGCUUUUUCAGCCACUUUUGAAAGAUUUCCUGAUGAUAAAGAUGCAGCGCAUAAAGAUAUUGUGGUUACUCGAGCUGUAGAUCCUUAUGAUUUAAUCUGGGUAAACGUAGGCGGAACACGUGGUUUUUAUUUUUUCCGCAGAGUUGGGGUGUUAUUUUUAGCUGUUCUGGUUUUACUGUUUUUAUCUACCCCAGCUGCUCUUUUAGCUGAGCUAAAAUCAAUAAUCGGUACUGAUGCUCAAUGAUUUGAUAACUUGCCAGAGCCUGUCGAAAAUUUAGUCCAAGCUUAUUUUCCAUCAUUAUUUAUCAUUAUGCUCAAUCAAGUAUUAUUGGUGCUUAUUGAUAUUUCUGCAUAUAUGGAAAGACAUUACUGCCAUACUGACGUACAAAGCUCAAUUUUAAAUGUUUCUGUGGUCUAUUUAAGUUUAAAUAUGCUUAUAAUCCCAGGCGUCACUCUUGCAGCUACAAAAUCCCUUGUCAAAAUCCUCCAAGACCGAGAAUAUCUUUUAGCUGACAUUUUAGGAGAACUUCAUUUGGCAGAUUCUGGGGCGUUUUUUAUUAAUGUUUUGCUGCAGAAAGCGACAUAUUCCUGCAUGUUUUAUUUAUUAAGAGGUCCAGAAAUAGGGAUGAACUAUUUUUCUAUCUGACUUGGAUAUCAAACCCGAAAAGAUUUAAAUGAGCAUGAUAAGUGGCGAAGAGACGAGUCCCAGGUCUUCCAAUAUGGCUAUUUUUAUGCCCUUAUGCUUACUUCUUUUGGGAUUGUUAUGACCUUUUGUUCAAGUGUCCCAUUAGUAAUUCCAGCCGGGCUAUUUUUUUUCUUUUUAAAACACUCGGUUGAUUCCUUUAAUUUAUUAUGUGUACAUGGUAAAGAAAUUCAUGGGGAAGGAAGACUAUUAAGGUCAGUUAUUUUUUAUGCCUCACUUUUUGUGCUUUUUUAUCAGAUUUCUAUGAUUGGAUUUUUUGCGUUAAAUGAAUUGAGGAUUCAUUCGUUUUUGGUGUUUAUAUUGCUGAUGGGAAGCAUUUUGGUGGCUUUAAUGAUAAGUGGAAGGCUAUAUGAUAUUGAAAAAGAUGAUGAUGAAUAUUAUGCGUCUAUUAGAGAAGAUAAUGAAGAUACGAAACACCAGUGGAGGAAAUUGUAUGCACAUCCUUUAGCUAUUUCUCAUAUUUAA